GUUUUGACCUCUUCAUAUAUAUAGGUAGCGAGAGAGAGAGAGAGAGAGAGAGAGAGCAUUUUAAGGCAAGGCCUGAAACUGGUUUCCCCAGGAAACAAUGCCCAAGAGCAGCUGGUCUUUGUUGUUGUGGAUCACAGUUUUAGCUCUGUGGGUUGGUGUAAUUAAUGGCUCAAAAUCAAAGCCAGAAGUUGGGAUCUAUGAGCUGAAGAAAGGAGAUGUCUCUGUGAAGCUCACCAACUGGGGGGCCAGCAUUAUCUCCCUUUUCCUUCCUGAUAAACAUGGAAAGUUGGCGGAUGUUGUUCUUGGAUAUGAUUCAGUCCAGGAAUACAUGAAUGAUACCGCAUAUUUUGGUGCCACCGUUGGACGCGUUGCUAAUCGGAUCGGCGGCGCACAGUUCACCCUCAACGGUACCCGCUACAAGCUCGUGGCUAACGAGAAGAACAACACCCUUCAUGGUGGGUCCAGGGGAUUCAGCGACGUCGUUUGGGAGGUGAAAUCGCACCACCGUCAAGCUCAUUCCCCUCGCGUUACCUUCACCUACCACAGCUUUGAUGGCGAAGAAGGAUUUCCCGGCGAUCUUAUCGUCACCGUGACGUAUGCCCUGGUGGAGAAAGGGUUGGCCGUGACGAUGAAGGCCAGAGCUCUGAACAAAGCCACCCCAUUAAACCUGGCGCAUCACACCUACUGGAACCUCGGCGGCCACGACAGCGGCGCCAUCUUGUCCAACGACGUCCAGAUAUUCGGCUCCAAGAUCACGCCGGUCGACAACGAUCUCAUUCCCACCGGCGACCUCGCCUCCGUCAAGGGCACGCCCUACGACUUCCUGGAACCCGCCACCAUCGCGAGCAAGAUCGGGAAGCUCCCUCACGGCUUCGACAUCAACUACGCCCUGGAUGGCGGCGGGAAGGGGGUGAAGGAGGCGGCCAUAGUUCACGACAAGAAGUCGGGGAGAGUGAUGAAGGUGAUGAGCAAUCAGGUGGGCUUGCAAUUCUAUACGGGGAAUUACAUCAAGGACGUGAAGGGGAAAGGGGGAUUCGUUUACCAAGCACACGCGGGAUUGUGCUUGGAGACGCAGGGAUUCCCGGAUUCGGUGAAUCAUCCCAAUUUUCCUUCCCAGAUUGUGAAUCCUGGACACGAGUAUCUGCAUAAGAUGCUCUUCCACUUCUCUACCAAGCUCACUUGAUUCCUGCCGUGCCGUGCCGUGCCAAGCCGAGCCCAGCCAGCCUCUCUUCCGCCCACCGAGUUACCAUCUCUCUCUGCCUCUCUCCUCUUCCAUCUCCAUACUAACCUUCUGAAUAAUAAUAAUCUGAUUGUGGAGAGUGGAGACAUUUUUCAAUUACUGUAGAUGUUUUGUAAUCCCAUCCAAUAAUAUUUUAAUUUUAUUAACUUCCUUA